CACCCCAUCUCUAUAUUCUCAUCUUUAGCUUGCCUUGCCUUUUCUUUCCUCAGUUCUUGCCUUGCUCUUAUUUUCCCUUUUCUGGUGCCCCACAAAGUAUUCAUCAGUUCACAUCUCAAAACAUUGAAAUCGUAUAACGUAUAAUACAGGAAAUUAAGAUGAACGACUGGGCUUCGCCACUUAUAGCUUCGGCUUUGUUUGCUUUUCUCCAACCCGGUUUGCUCAUUCAAGUACCGGGUAAAAACCAACCCGUUGGUUUCAUGAACAUGAAGACCAGUGGAGCGUCUAUUUUUUUCCAUGCUGUUAUCUAUGGUUUGCUCCUUAUGUUAUUCCUUGUAUUUCUUAAUAUCCAUAUCUAUGCCUAAGAAGAAGGCAUAUUUUUUUGAUUCAAUAGAAGCUUUUUAUCAUUCAGUGAAACUCUUUGUAGGAUUUGAGGCUUUGUUUUCUGAAUAUUUCUUGUUGAAUUUGGAUUGUGUUGCUGUA